AUGCUAGAGAUCAAGAAAUUCUUGAUUCUUAAGCGGGAGCAUGAUCUUUUCAGUCAUGACAAGCCUCGAAUCUCAAAUCGCAGAGUUGACCCUAAAGAUCUCCGCUUGAAGCUCCAAAAGAAACAUCAUGGCUUGCAAACUCGACUAGGAGGAGCUAUAUUGGAUCUGCGCCAAAAGCUAUCUGGGAUAAAGAAUCCACAACCGAGGAGCACUGGUAACCUUCCAAAUGCUAUAAGAGAGGCUACUAGACCAGCUGUUGAUAUGGAUGCUCUAAUGCAUAUGACAGAUGAUGACCUCAAAGCUCUUCUCAUACCAAUGGGCCCAAGGAAGAAGAUACUUCUUGCGUUUAGGUUUGCUUCAAGCUUAGGGUGA